CUGUACUUAAAUGACACAUCAUCAUAAACAUCCCUUAUUUCGUACAAUGUAAACAAAGGAUACAGCUGUCAUUGAGGGAUGUCUUAUUUGACAUUGCAUUUGCAAACAACAAAUUCGUCAAUUCUUUGGAUUUAUUAAAGUGUUUGUUGCCAUUUUUGGUAUUUUUUGGAGCAACCAGACAAUAAAUCAUUGAGACGUUCACUCGCAUCCAUCGGAGAUCCUUUUAUCAUUGAUACACUUUUACACGGAGUCCUAUAAAGAUGACACCAUUUGACGAUUUUUCCUAUUUAAUAAAUUUCGUGUUACUUGGGGAGGAACCGACAAUUGAAGAUUUCAUUUUGUUGGUGGGCACAUUUGUGGCUUUUGUUGCCUUCAUAUUAUGGUGCUGCUUUCCCAUACAACCGAAGGACUCAAAUCAUCGCCAAUUCUCGUGCAAAACCAUUCACUCCAUUGACAAUACGUCACAGCAAAUUCACACCAGCUACAGCAAGACGUCCUCUACAAAUUCACUCAUGUACAAUGAUUACGUGGUGAGAAAUGGUUCCAGCAGUGGGGCCAACGGUGGAGGUGGACAAACCAGUUAUCAUUGUUGUACCUAAAUCCAAGGGAACCAAGGCAGUUGAAAAUGCGGGGGUUUUCGCAAGGGAAACGCUUAGUAGUGCAAGUGCUGUUAACCAAUUUAUUAGCAUGUAAAUGUAGAAAAGCUGAGCUACGACUUCCCGUGGAAAUUUAACGUAAAAAUAAUGGCCAAGUCUAGCCAAGUGUAUUCCUCCAAAGAUGCAUUAUACCCUAAAGUAUUAUUUAGACUCAUAAAUUCCACAAAGGUUGUUCAAAAAACACAUUGGACUUUUGUUGAUGGCUUUGAUUAUUUUUUUUAUCGUUUUCAAAUUUGUACCCACAACAGAGGGAAAGCUUCUAAAGCCUCUACUGAUCUCCCAGAACCCGAAGACGAAAUGCAAUGUAAAUAUUUAUUAAAAUUAUUUUCUAACCUUAUAUAAUACACACGCUUCAAGUAACCAACCAAACAUGCAAAAAUGUCCAAUUAUUUAUGAAUGAAUUUAGAAUAAAUAUAUUAGUUUCUUAUGUGUAUGUAUGUAUUUAGUUAUAAGAGCAAAUGCGUUUUACAAACUAAGAACAAGCAAUUAUAUAAUUUAAAUACAAUACAAUAUUCAUUUGAUAGACUGAUUCAUUAUUGAUAUGAAACAUUAAAAUGCAAGCAGUGAAAUGUACAAGAAUAUUCACAAAAAUACAAAUAAUUUAACAUCCCCAAAUAACUAAAUCUAAUUUACAAGUAACAGAAUAUUUCUUAAUCCCUUCGAUCUCAUCCAUUUUUGUUUUAAAGUCAGCUACCAAUAUUGCGUUACUUAUGUAUGUAAGUCAUAUAAUAAAUAUUUUAUUAAAUACUAUGCUAAACUCAAAUCCCAUAACCUUCGAUAUGAAUAUAAAUCGAAAUAAAUGAAAAAUAUAUAUUCAAAUAUUAAAGCAAAA